GAAGAAAACAAUCUGCCAUCUCAGUCACACGAGAUAUCUUCUAUCUCUUUCUUUUCUCCAAAAAACAUAUUUCAAGAUGGGUAUCCUCGAAAAAAUAGGCGAAAUUGAAAAGGAAAUCGCUCGAACGCAGAAAAAUAAAGCCACGGAGUACCAUCUGGGUGUCCUAAAGGCCAAGUUAGCCAAGUACAGGACGCAGCUUCUUGAGCCACAGGGCAAGAAAGGAGAAAAGGGAGAAGGUUUCGAUGUUAUGAAAAGUGGUGAUGCCCGUGUAGCACUAAUUGGUUUCCCCUCAGUGGGCAAGUCCACACUGCUGAGCACCUUAACCAACACCCAGAGUGCAGCAGCAUCAUAUGAGUUCACAACCCUGACGUGCAUCCCUGGAGUCAUUGAUUACAAGGGAGCCAACAUCCAGUUGCUUGAUCUUCCAGGUAUCAUUGAAGGAGCCUCACAAGGCAAGGGUCGAGGCAGACAGGUCAUUGCUGUAGCUCGCACUGCUGAUCUUGUUAUCAUGAUGGUGGAUGCUACUAAAGCUGCAAAUCAAAAAGAGCUGUUGACUGCUGAACUCGAGUCUGUCGGCAUCAGGCUGAACAAGAAAAAACCUGGAAUCUAUUUCAAACAAAAGAAAGCAGGUGGCCUGAAAUUCAAUGCCACAUGCGCACUCACCAGGAUUGAUGAGAAGAUGGUACAGAUGAUUCUACAUGAAUACAAGAUUUUCAAUGCUGAGGUUAUAUUCAGGGAAGAUUGUGGGGCUGAUGACUUGAUUGACGUGAUAUCUGCCAACCGCGUUUACAUGCCGUGCCUCUAUGUCUACAACAAGAUCGAUCAAGUGUCCAUUGAAGAAGUUGAUAGAAUUGCUCACACGCCCAAUACUGUGGUGGUUAGUUGCAACAUGAAGUUGAACCUUGACUACCUGCUUGACCGCACGUGGGAGGCUCUCUCCCUUCUGCGCAUCUAUACCAAGAAGCCAGGAAGAGGACCGGACUUCUCUGACCCCAUCAUCCUACGAGGAGGAGCUUCAGUGGAGCAUGUAUGCCACUCUAUCCAUCGGUCAAUUGUAGCUGUCUUCAAAUAUGCUCUUGUUUGGGGAAGGAGUACGAAGUUUAGUCCCCAGCGGGUUGGUAUACAUCACAUUAUGACUGAUGAAGAUGUUAUUCAGAUUGUUACCAAGAAAUAGACAAGUUACCAUUAGAAUCUGUUAUAACCAUUUAUUGUUAAGGAUAUCAUGGAUGUUGCAUAUUUUGGCAGUUUUGAAAUGUUUUGAUCUUUAAUUAUUAAUAAAAAAGGAAUUGGGAUAUUAGUUAUUUGUGUCAUUCUUUUUUUAUAUUUAUUUAUACUUUUCAUUAUCUUUUCUUGAUUUAUUAUAUAAUUAUCAUUAUUUUUGUUUCCUUGUGAUGGAAUUUGACAAAAUUAUGGGUUAAGAAGCAAUUUGUAACAUUGGUUAUUACGUACUUCAUUGCCAUCAUCACCCUCAUUAUCAUAUCAUCUUAAUCAUUUGUGACAAUUACAAUACAUGGUUCCCACAAGGAAAAUGUAUCUGUUCACUGUUAUUAAAUCCAAUCAGCUGUUUGCAAAAAGAAGUGAUCAACGCACAGGAUAAUCUUGGCUUCGUGUAUUCAUUAUUUUUCUAAAAAACAAUAAUAAGAAUUAGGGAAGGAACAACAGUGGAAUACAACAGCUUUACAGGUUUGUUUAUAAAAAAAAAAAAAAAAAAUGAUGCUAGUAAGUUAUGUGGGCCUUUUAGUUCCCAGGAGAGAUCCAGGGUUUUUCCUCAUAGUGAGAAUAACGGAAGCAGCUCCAAAGAAGGACGCAAGGAAAUCUAAUAGUCAGUUUUCUUUCCUUCCUCGCCAUUAAAGACUGUAUCUAAAUCUCAGUGUCUUGUUUUUGUAUACACAUUUUAUAUCCUCCUUUCAUGCGCAGAAAUUAAGUAGCGUGUUUUGUCAUGUCAUUGAUGAAAUGGGAGUUUUAUCUGUGAUAAGGAAGAAUUGCUGAAAGAUUUUUUUCCACUACCAUGCAGAUACUUAUUCUAGUAAAGAAAAUGAGACUGCCAUUUUCCAUAAUGUUUGAUUAAAGUUAGUCAGUGUAUGCAGAGAAACAUACAAGACUAUUGCUCACUGACCUGUUGUUGCUGGAGAUGAUAUGUACAUAGAUGCCAUGUCUACUGUGAUUUUAGUCGGUGCUUAGUCACCAAUUCGUCAGUUACUAGUCUUAUCUAUCUCACCUGUUUACCCAUUUCCUUGAAUUAUGCCUAUGUUACUUUUUUGUUUCUUCUGUCAAUAUUGAUUAUAACAUUGAAGUAAUCCUUAUGUCAUUAAUAAUAACAGUAUAUUAAUAGUAUUAUAAAACAUUGAAUUUUUUUUCCAAACUUCAAGGAAAGGGAAAAUCAUGUUAUUUCAUGUAGGCCUACUGCCUACUGAUUGAUGUUUUGGUAUCUGAGCACUUGUGAAGUCAUCAGUUUGUAAAGGCAGUCUACAAAACAAAGCUACAAUGUACAUUGCAUGAUACUGGCAGUAAUGGGUAAAAUAUUGAAGCUUAUUAUUAGACUACCAUGUGCAAAUAGGAAUGGCAAAUGACAGAAGCUGUUUUUCUUUUUAUUAAAAAGUAAUUACAUGAAAUAAAUAAAUAAAUGACUUGAUUGUCGUGAAUUAACAUUGAUAGCAACAGAAGUUGAAUUAUGCAAAAGUAGGUAUACUCUCUUUUGCCUACUUAUAAAAGACAUUUGAUGUUGCUUCCACCCUCUAUGGAAGACUUCAAAAGUCAGUGAUAAUGUUAUAUUGAAAUCUAAACAGUUCUCCAGACAACUAAGGGAAAAGGUUUUCAUAAAAAAGCAAAGGUGUUUAUUUCACGUUAAAUAGCAUGAGUUCCCAAGAACUCUGAAGAAAAUGCUUUUACGUAAAAAAUAGGUGUUCUUGGUUAAGGUCAUUUACUUCCCCUAAGUAAAUAAUGCCUUUGUAAAGUUUUAUAUUCCUUCACUAUAGUAUUUUGCUUGAGAACUGCCACACACGAAAAAUUUUUGAAACUCAAAAAUUAUUAUCUAUAUGCAUGACCAUUAUGUUUUCAUAUUUAUUAAUUAUUGUGACUGAAAUAGUUUUCUAUGGAAUGGAAACUACACAAUAAAAAAAAUCUUUCUUUGA